CAUUAUGGAUAAUGAUAAUCAUUCAAUUCAAUUAAUAAAUCAACGACAACAACAACAACAACUUGAUGAUUGUCACCAAAAUUUCAUACGUUCAUCGCCAAAUAGCAACAACAACAACAAUGAAUUGUUAUUUAAUAAAAUCUUUGCCAUAAUCAUACUUUGUUGUUGUUGUCUACUCAUUCAUCAACAUGAUGGAGUAAUACCAACGGUACAAUGUGAUAUCUUCAGUUCAACGGCUACCAUUCAAAGUUUAAUGCACCUUGAAAGACAUCUAGUUACUUCCUUAACAUUAUAUAUGGAAAAUCUAGAGGAAAGAUCAAAUCAAAUUAAAAUGUAUCUAAGUGAAUUUGCCUAUUCAGCUGGACAGAAACGUUUUGCUGGAACAUAUGCCGAUAAUUUAAUGGAUAAUCCAUUACAGGCAUUUCAAUUAGUUAAACGUUUAACAAUUAAUUGGAAUAAAAUUGUUAAAACAGUAAAAAAAGAUGAUGAAUGGCAACAGGUGGAUCAAUUAAUGAAUAGCUAUAGUAUGCUAUUACCGAAACAGGAAGAUUUGAAUGGUGCUGCAUUGGCAUUAAUUCGUUUACAAGAUACUUAUAAUCUAAGUCUUACCGAUAUGGCUGAUGGAUAUAUUAUGGGCAAAGACUCUUCCAUACGAUUAUCAGCACGCGAUUGUCUAUAUUUAGGCAAAAAUGCAUUCAACAAUGGUUAUUAUGGCCAUUCAUUAGAAUGGUUCGAUGAAGCAUUAGUACGUGCACAUCAAGAAGGUAAUCGUACAGCAUCAGUGGAUGAAAUUGUUCCUUUUUAUCAAUUGGCAAUCGAAUACAUUGAUCGAUUAGACAAUGAAUUACGGGAACAAAAUUUUCCACGACAUUCGGAUAAACUUCGUGUGGUAGAAGGUGAUAACGAAGAUUAUAAACGAUAUCAAAUGCUUUGUCGUGGUGAAGAGUUUCCAAUGGAUAAAACUGAAUUAAAACGUCGAACAUCCGAUCAACGUUGUUAUUAUUCAACAAACAAUGGCCAUCCAUAUCUAAUAUUAAAACCACUAAAAGUAGAACAAUUCAACAGUGAACCAUUCAUAGCAAUGUAUUAUGAUGUCAUCAGUGAUAAAGAGAUUGAGAUAAUCAAAGAAUUAUCAAUGCCAAUGUUAACUCGAGCUCGGGUAUUAACAGAUGAUAAAGAUAAUGAAAUAUCUACUGUACGUGUAUCGCAAACUGCUUGGUUUACUGAAGCCAAUGAACCAUUGAUUGGACAGUUAAAUCGUCGUAUUGAAUCUAUAACUGGACUUUCAGUGAAUAUGAAUAAAAGUGAUUGUGAACUGGUACAGAUUGCCAAUUAUGGUAUUGGUGGUCAUUAUGUACCACAUUAUGAUUAUCUCAUUAAGGAUAAGCCCGAAAAUCAACGUACAAACAUUUCGGAAAAAGAUCAAUAUGCUGGUGAUCGUAUAGCAACAUUUAUGUUCUAUCUAUCUGAUGUUGAAGUUGGUGGAUCAACAGUUUUUACCCGUCUUGGUAUCCGUGUAAAUCCGGUUAAAGGAGCGGCUAUAUUCUGGUAUAAUCUAUUACGUAAUGGUGAAGGAAUUAUUGAUACAAUACAUGGUGCUUGUCCGGUUUUGAUUGGAGAAAAAUGGGUUGCCAAUUAUUGGAUUCGUGAACAUGGCCAAAUAUUUCAUCGUCCUUGCAGUCUGGAUCCAACAAAAUAAAGAAUGGAAAAAAAAGAGAUUAACAAUCUUUCACUAUUUUUUCGUUUGUUUGUUUGUUUGUUUGUUUGUUGUUCACUACUGUUUGUUGUCUUAAUUAUUGUUAAGUUUCUCAUCGAACUUUUUUUCUUCUUCUUAUUCUGCUAUACCCUCUGUAUCUUUCUUUCUUAUCUUUUUAGCAUCAUGAUCAUUAAUUUAAUUUUAGAUUUUUUGUUU